AAAAUGUAGUUUGGGCUGUGUUAUUGCCAACAUAGUGUUGAGAUAAGAAACUCAGAUUUCAAGAUUGUGUUUUUCCUCAUUCUUUUGAGAGAGGCGUUUGGCCAAUUUCCAUCCACAGGGCAUCUUGCCCACAUAGUAUAAAACCCUGCUGGUUGCUUUGUGGUUCUUGUCACAAAGUCACAAUCACUGGGCCUAUUCAAGAUGUGUCUGUUCAUCAAUAUCUUAUUCGCCUCUGCACUGUUCUAUCAAGUUUCUGCUCAGUUGCAGUGCCAGGCAUGCACUGGUAUUUGCAGUAACCCAAUAACCCAAACAUGCAACACUGGAGAAGUGUGCUUUUCAUCAACCAGCCGAGUAACCACCGACUCAAAUGCAAUUGAGUUCCCCUUCAGAGGUUGCAUUCAACCGGCUGCAUGUAAUGAUCUAAAUGCCUUGAACUCGACACAGACCUUUUCAUUUGGCACGGGAUUCUCCCGCAUCACCGCUUCUGCUACCUGUUGCGAUACAAAUGGGUGCAAUUCUAAUCCAUUAGCAGCUCCUACUGAUACAACAGAGACUGACCUAUCCUGCUUUACCUGCAAUAGCACGACUGAUCAAGUCUGUCUCUCUAGUGUCACUUGUGUGGGAAUAGAAGAUCGAUGCUUUAAUGGCACCGUGGAUUUUCCAACUGGCGGGUCAAUCACAAACACCAUUUUGGGUCGUGGAUGUGCAUCCAGGAAUGUGUGUCCUACUCUGCAGAGCCUUGGCAGCUUUGGUAACUUCUCUUGCUGUGAGAAUUGCCUGUGUAACGAAGCUUUGGAUCUUAAACUGAACCUCCGUUUUCUGAUCAUCUUGAGUGUAGUUGGAAUAUUCAUGCACUAGAUUGUAGUCUGUGUCUUGACAUUAACAAUUCAGAUAAAAGUGUGACUAUUGCUAACCAAAGCACAACAGUGAUGCACUAAUGAAAAUACAGAUUCUUACUACUAUUAAGAACUUACAGGUGAUGGGAUAAUGAUGAAAUUAUAUUUACUUUUUUAAUCUCAAUGGGACCUAAAUACACGUAAAACAAUACAAAUAAAUAAACAUAUUGUUUACCCAAUCAUACAUUAUUUCUUUCUGAUGGAGGAGUAUGUUUACUUCUUUAUGGUUGUUAAUGCAGUAACACAGUUAACUGAGGCCAUGACAUUAGCCUAGCCCGCCCACCCACCUCAAUCUUCUUUCAGGGAGAUCAAGUUUGGUCGUACAUUGGUCGUAGUGUAAGUAUUAUCCAAUUGCGUGCAAUGAUAUAGGCCUAUUCAAAUGCAUGCUUGGUGUUGGAGUUGGGCCAUUUUCAUUAUUUAUAGCCAGGGGAUAGGCUAGUACUGACCAAAUUAAUUUGAUUGACCUAAUCUUAAUGUGUACAUCCGUUGCACAUAAAUGAAGUGUCUAGAAUAAAGCAUUUUUCUUUCAGUGUACACAAUUGAUUCAUGCUGUGAUUAUCCAAUUUGAUGUAAUUCCAAUGAAAUUGCUUAAAAUAAGUUUACAUUAAAUAUUAAUUCAUGUGAUUUCAA